AUGUCAGCGCAAGUACAACAUAUACCUAUGAUGAAUCACGUUAUUGAAAAUUAUUUGGGCGAAGACGAUAUGGCGUUUUCACCGACUGAGUCAUUCAUGAAUGCCUUACCCCGCAGAAUAAGCAUAUUACCUCAAGAAAAUAAGAUAAAACCAUUCUCAAAAAGUGACAUAAAGAUAUUACUAUUAGAAAACAUUAACAGUCAAGCGAUUGUUUCUUUUAGGGAUCAAGCAUACCAAGUUGAGUCAUAUCGAGAUGCUUUACCUGAAUCUGUAUUGAUUGAAAAAAUACGAGACGUGCAUGCCAUAGGGAUUAGAUCAAAGACUAUGUUAUCAAAGGAAGUAUUAAAGCAAGCCAAAAAUUUAAUGGUGAUAGGUUGUUAUUGUAUUGGUACAAAUCAGGUGGAUUUGGAGUAUGCAGCUAAUAUGGGCGUUGCUGUCUUUAAUUCGCCAUUUUCAAAUUCCAGAUCUGUGGCAGAGUUAGUGCUUGCUGAUAUAAUAUCUUUAUCUAGGAGAAUAAUAGAUAGAUCUUUGCAGUUACGUAAGGGUGAAUGGGAAAAUUCCAGUAAGCAUUGUUAUGAAGUACGAGGUAAAACAGUGGGAAUAAUAGGGUACGGUCAUAUUGGUUCACAACUCUCUAUACUAGCUGAAGGGAUGGGGAUGCAUGUUAUAUACUAUGAUAUCCUAAAUAUAAUGGCGAUUGGGAAAGCUAAACAGGUAGCAACCAUGGAAGAGUUAUUAGUUAAAGCCGAUUUUGUGACGUUGCAUGUUCCUGAAACCCCUGAUACAAAUAAUUUAAUUUCAUGGCCACAGAUUACAACGAUGAAGGAGGGAUCGUAUUUACUUAAUUCAUCAAGGGGUUCUAUAGUUGAUACGUCUGCUAUUGUAUCAGGCCUAAAGAGUGGAAAAUUGUUGGGUGCAGCUUUGGACGUAUAUCCGAAUGAACCAAGAUAUAAUGGAGAGCACUUAUUCACUAAUAGAUUGAACAAAUGGACGGCUGAAUUAGUGUCUCUCCCAAACGUUAUAUUAACCCCUCAUAUAGGCGGAGCUACUAUAGAGGCACAAAGCGUGACCGGUCUAGAAGUGUCAGAGGCGAUUGCUAACUUUAUUACUCAAGGUAUUUCAAUUGAUGCUGUCAAUUUUCCAGAAGUUUCAUUGAGACAGACCAAUUUUUCCGAUGAUGUUUUAAGGAUAUUAUUUGCUCAUCUUGACGUACCUGGUGUGUUAAGAACAGUAAAUAAUAUCCUUGCUGCAUAUAAUAUAGAAAAACAAUACUCUGAAUCCAAUGGCAAAAUUGCGUAUGUUAUCACAGAUAUAUCAUCCGUUACACAAAAUGAUGUCCAUUCUAUAUAUAAUCAACUGGAUAAAAUUCCAGAAAAGGUCACAGUUAGACUUAUAUAUUAG